AAAAACUUUGCCAAAAAAAUCACAAACUCCCCUUUCAAACAAAUGCCUUCUCUCAUCGACGAAGUCGAAACCCCCUCGACUUUCGCCAUGCGGACUGGCAACCUCCCUGCAGGAACCUCAGUGGUGACAAGUACAUUGGUGGACUCGCUCCGCAAACGAAUCGACACGUUGGCCGCCCAAAACGGGUUAUCAGACACAGAGAUCACGAUUGACUCGACAUCAGAACAAGCGGGACAUGACGCGACGAUCGUAGAAACGCAGGCUGGUCUGCCUCAACACGAUUCUCCGCCAUUGGCGAUGCUCAAAACUCUCUUGAAGGACCCCGCCUGUCACCAGAAUGGCGCUGUACAACUCGAUAAUCAAACCGUCUCACGUUUGCUCCAACUCAUGGAUACCGAGGCCGAAGAAAUACACCAAUUGCAGAUCGCUGCCGAGCAGCUUGCCCGAGACCUCCAAACCCGUGUCGAGGCCAUGGAAGCUACCCCACCCUCCCCCGCUACUCAACCUCAACCCAAAACAAGCAAGCAGUAAGCCUCAAACACAAAACCAACAUACCAAAUUAGAAAUGGCAGCGGCUCGACCUGGCCUCACAAUCAUACACUCAAAGGUUGGAACCUCUCCGCGCAAUGAAUUUGUCAUUCAGCUGGCCACAUAAUCCGAACAGGGGAUUCACAAAUGGGACAAUCUAGUUGAUAAUAGCAAUGAAGAUUUGGAUAAUGAGUCUCAUUGGUUUGUUUGAC